AUGCUUGAUAUAUGGGAAAAUGUGUAUCUCCCUGGUGAACCCAGUGACAUGCAGCCUAUACAGGAACUUGAUCACCUUACUGCAGCCAAGAUGUCAUGCAGACCUCCUGAGCCUCUUCGUCUGGAUCACAGUGUUGAAAGUAUUUCCUUUGGAGAUAAUCCAAGUAAGUUAAAGGAAUACGGGAAAGCCUUUGGUAAGUUAGGUCCUAGUGCCCAAGAGGGGCCUCACAUAAGGGAAGACACUUUUGAUUGUAACUUGUGUAAGAAAUCAUUCUCUGACAAGUGUAACCAUACUCAGCAUUUUAAAACAUGCAUAAAAAACAAAUAUGAUAAAUGUACUGAUUGUGAACCCACAUUCAAUACAAAACCAGGCCUUAUAAACCUUCAGAGCACUCUGAAUUCAUGGGAAAAGCCCUGUGGAUGUAAUGACGAUGAGAAAUGCGUGUGUCAGGUGCCAAAACAGAGGGUUAAUCAGAGUGUCUUCUCAAGUAAGGAGAGUAGUUGUGUGAAAAAAUUAUGCCCAAAGUUAAAUUUCAGUGUGCACCAGAGACCUCACACAGGUAAAAAACCCCAUGAAUGCAAUACAUCUGCAAAAAUAAACAACCAACCUCGUAGGCGUCACAGAUGUGGGAGAACCUAUCAAUGUAAAGUAUGUGGGAAAGCCUUUAGGCACACACAAAAUCUCUACUUACACUACAGAACUCACACUGGUGAGAAGCCAUAUGAGUGUAAAGAAUGUAAGAAACUAUUCAGUGUAAAGUCAAAUCUCAGUGUACAUCAGAAAACUCACACAGGCGAAAAACCCUAUGAGUGUAACAUAUGUGGGAAUGCCUUUAAAAGGAGGUGUGACCUAACUAUACAUCAGAGAGUUCACACAGGUGAGAAGCCCUACGAAUGUAAAGAGUGCAGGAAAACUUUCAGUAUCAAGUCAGGGCUCAUCGUGCAUCAGAGAAUUCACACAGGCGAGAAACCAUAUGAGUGUAAUGUAUGCGGAAAACGUUUUAACCAGAAGUCAAAUCUCUCUACACACGAGAAGAUUCACACAGGUGAGAAACCCUUUGAAUGUAAAGAAUGUAGGAAAUCAUUUAGUGUCAAGUCAUAUCUCACUAUACAUCAAAAAACUCACUUGAGUGAGAAGCCUCAUGCAUGAAAUCUGGGGAAGCCUUCUAUCAGAAGACAAACCUCUACAGACAUCAUAGAGCUUGCACAGGUGAGAAACCCUAGGUUCAUAAAGAAUGUAGGAAAAGUCUUUUGUCAUCGCUCCCUGAACCUCGGAGAGUUCAGAGGUGAAGAUCCCUGUGGAUGUAAAGGCUGCAGCAAUCGUCAGUCUUAUGUCACAUCUCAUAAUUAGUGAACCCCAAACACUGGUAGGUACCAGUGUGGGAUAUGUCCAAAGACUUCUGCCAGAUGCCAGACUUGAGUUGUUGGAAAACUCUUACAGGUGAGAAACCCUCUGAAUGUAAGGUCUGGAAAUAAUCAGUCCUCAGUAAGACUGGAGAAUUCACACUGAUGAGAAGCCCUGUGAGUGUAGUUAUGUGGAAAGCCCGUUAGUCAGAAGUCCAUCUCUGUGAAUUUGAGUUCACACAGCUGAGAAGGCCUGUGAAUAUAAGGAAUGUAGGAAAGCAUUUCAGACGUUUGUCACCUCUCCAUGUGACUCACAGACUUGAGAGUUGAGAGAUACUUAUCAGUGCAAUCUAUAGAACGGUCACUUGCCACAUGUCAGAGCUGUCUACACAUUAGAGAAAUCUCACAGUUAAGAGAUACUUAUCAGUGCAAUCUAUAGAACGGUCACCUACCACAUGUCAGAGCUGUCUACACAGAGAAAUCUCACAGUUGAGAGAUACUUAUCAGUGCAAUCUAUAAAACAGUCACCUGCCACAUGUCAGAGCUGUCUACACAUUAGAGAAGCCUCACAGUUGAGAGGCCUUCUGAUGUAAGGACUAGGAAACAUUUCCAAAUGUACUUCAGAGUGCUCGGAAAUGCAAAGGGGAGGAGGAGCUCUCGGCAGCAGACACAACUCACUGCACGUCAGACAUACACAGCCAAGUAACUGUUUGGUGCAGUGUGUGGAGAAACCUGUUCCCAGAUGUCAGAUCUCAGCAGUCAUUAGGUGAGGAGCCCUCUGAAUGUGAGGAAUCCUUCGCUGCAUACCAAAGAAGACACAUAGGAUAAGCCAUAUCAAUUCAAUAUGUGCAAAACCUUGGUUCUGUAAGAUGGACACCUACCUCCACUGGAGAACCACAUGAACACAAAACCCUGCGAAUAUAAAAACUGAAAAAACCUGUGAGUUUAAAGAAUGUAGAAAAUAUCUCAUAUUCUUGGGUGUGCAAGAGCUCACACAACUAAACAUGCUCCCACCUAGGUAAGUAUAACAGACAUUUGUGCGCAUCAGAAAACUCCUCACUGCUGAGAAACCACAAGAGUGGUUAUGUGAACAAGACUUUUACCAAAUGGAAACACUCUGGCUAGCUCAUGGGCUGGAAGUACAUUAAUGCAAUGGAUGUGGACAGCACUUUUAUAGGAAGUUGAACUCCACAUUGGAGAAUUCAUUAGAGAUGGAAUGCUGUUAACGUGGAAAAGCAUAUCUAGAAUGGUUAUGGAUAUGGAAAAUGUCAUUGUGAGAAGUCCUGUUAGCAGAGGUCUCAUGUGCUAAGAUUUACCUUUUUGCUCGAAGACUGGCAGCCUGUAUGUGUAGUGUUAUGGAGAGAACAUGGCCAGAGCUCUAUAGGAAUUUUAACAUUUGUGAUGAUUCUUUUCUUUCCUGCCUCAACCCCCCAAGUCCUGCAGUACAUUAUCCCUGGAUUUAUACUCAUGGUCUGAAAGCAGAUAAGAUUAUCUGUGGAGAGAAGUGGUGUAGAGAAGGACACUGAUUUACAGACAUGCUUCAUUGGAGAGAGCAGAGGUUUUAUAUGUGUUUAUAAAUCUCUUGUUUGUAUGAGUGAUAUAACCUUUUUGCAACAUAAUGCAAAAUCAUUGUAACCCAUUUUAAAAGUAUUUCAGACAGGGGACCUUUCAUGCUAGAAUAUUCACCCAGGAGAGGGCCCUUCUUGUUACCUUUGUAUUUUCACACCAUUUUAUGGAGAAAAAGAAACAUGAAAUUUCAGUAAAUUCUAAAUGCCUUACCUGGCACCAGCAUUUCAUUAAGGAGAUACAAAAGUAUGUUUCAUGUGUGAAACAUAUGUAUAUCCAUACACAUUUUUAUGCAUCAGAAAUCAUUCAUAAAAUGAAAUUGUCCGUUUCUAAGAAGUGUUAAUUAUAGUAUUAAAAUUAUUUUUUGAGCUGGGUGUGGUGGCAUGUGUCUUAAAUCCCAGAAUCCAGAAGGUAGCAGUCAGAUAUCUGUAAGUUUGAGGUCGGCCUGAUCUACAUGGAGUUCCAGGCCAGCGGGGCUACAUAAUGAGACCUUGUCUCAAAAAAAAAAAGAUUGUUGAAUAUGCCAGAUGGUAACUAUUUUUAAUGGUGCCUGAUGCAGUGGUUUGGUCUACAUUUGAGGACAUCUGUGUUUGUCACAACCACAGUUUGAGAGAUGCAUUUGACACUAGUGGAUACCAGGAAUGCCAUUGAACUGAAGGACUGUUGUCCUUUCCUGAGGAGGUACGGACAGAUAAGUACUCGGCCUGGAUAGGGCACUGACAACAGACAGAAUACACAGUUCUGUCCAACUGCAAUCCCAUCAGUGAGUUUGUGGAGGUUUCAGGAGUAUGGGUGAGAGGUGGCCUAACAAGCACAGGAGUGAUCAGGAGUGAUUCCGCAGCUGCAUCACUGAAAAGACCCCAGCCUGGGGAGGACUCCUGAAAGCUGAAACAGAGUGGGCCACAUAGGGUUAGGCAGUCUCCCUCCCUCCCUCCCUCCCUCCCAGCAGCCCUUCCCGCUUUUACAAACAUGGGAAUGCGCCUCGUGAAUUUAUACAUUUUCUGGGCUUCAUGAGACUUAGGGGUUUAUUUCCUAGUCUUAAUGAGCCUUCCUCCAGGAUGAGAAUGUUUUCAUUCAGAAGAUACUGAUACACAUCAGGCACAACAUACCCUGAUGUAUGUAAGGUUUGUGCAUAUGAUUUUAUCACAUUAACAGAUGUUCUCUGUAUGCAGGGACAUGCAGGAAAUAAACUUAUUGUAAUGGUUAUUGUGAUUUCAUUAAGGUUUUCUACAUUAAAUACUAUCCUAGCCUGUUUACAUCUGGUAAGUCUCUAGUUUGUAUUUUCUUAAUCUUUUAACAUAUAAGUGUAUAUGGUGAUUGUCACCAACUAUCUGCUAAGUAUGGAUGUUUGUGUUUUUCUAAGAUGGUGAUGUCUUAAAGUAAGCCAGUGUUUCUAAGAGAAUAAAUAUCAGGGUAGAAAAACAUGAAUAAAGAUAUUUUUCACAGCUA